AUGCCUCCGAUAUCCUCCCAGCGCCGGGUCCUGACCGAGGAGAACUCAUCGCUCUCGGAUGAUGAUGUCGGCUUUCUCUACCAAGUCGUCAUUCGCGCCGAAGGCAAGCCCGAGGUUGAGCGGCUCCCGUUUCGCGCCCUCUUUGAGGCAUACGACGAGGUCAUUAGCGAACAUGGUGUCAACGCAGAUCCAGGCCAUGCGUGCCUGCGGUUCCUGUUCAAGAUGGGCAACAAAGGCGUACGGGGAGAGACGCUUUACGACAAGUUCGAGAGUGCGCUGCAGCAGAUGGGGAUUGUCCUGGAGCUAGGCGACGAUGGAUCGAUCGAUCUCAAUGAGACCCAUGCUGAGGACGUGUCUUACUCGGUGACUGCUGCGGAGAGCCACGUCGACCAGGGCGACGACUACGUGCCUGCUGUUAAUGGGAUAUUGCCGACGCCGCAACGACGCGCAUCAUUCAAUACCACCCUUGAUAUCGGCGAGGAUGUUACGCAGAGGAGCUUUGUGAAUCGGCCGAGUUCUCGAUCGUCCAUGUCGCGACUUGAGAUCGGAAAACCUGAGAUUUCCAAACUCAGACUAUCUCCGAAACAGACACGCGAUUCCAAGCCGCCCACUUCGCCGGAUCGAACACAAUUGAUUGCACAGUUUUUGGAAGUUGGUCGUCGCUUGAUUAGCAGAUUCGACUCUGCGGAAAAGAAAGAUUCGAACAAAGGGCUAACUAACGGGUUGGAGGCGAGAUCGGCUGUGGAUCAUGAUCGUUUCAAGAGAAUGACAGCAGCUUCACAGCAUCGUCGGUCCCCUUCGUUUGGCUCGUUGGACAGCUCCGCAUCUGAUGAAACAGAGUCGCUCAUGUCACAUCCUGUGGAGCAUGAUGACUUUGAGAUGGAGGAGGCACCGCCUGAAUUUUUAUAUCGACCACAGCUCUCGGAUCUCCUCCGGGACGCUUCAACAUUUAACAUGUACCGCCAACGAGCAAUCUGUCGCCGGAUUCUAACGCAAUGGCUGAAGAGAGCGUUCCAGGCUCGGCAGGUCCGCCAGAAUAUGGAGUCUGUUGCUGUUCACCGUGACCGCGGCACCCUUCUUCGACAAGCGUUUGAUCCAUGGCGAGCCAUCAUCCAGCAUAAGCGUCACACGGCCCGGACUGAACGGUUUUUCAGGCACCUGGAGGAACGCGCUGGACGCGCUCGAGAUCUCUAUCUGAUGACCAAGGCUUUCACUCACUGGGCGCAACUGACGUCAGAGGAGGUCGCUCGCACAUCUGCUGCACGACGGCAUGUCCUUGGCGUCAAGUAUUUCAAUGCAUGGCGCGAGAUCACCGCUGUCAACGAGUUGAAGGCGCAGCGAUUCGCAUUGCAGAGACCGUUCAAUGCUUGGCGAAAGAAAAUCCAAGAUCUCAAAACUGCCGAGUCGAAGGCGGUCGCUCUUCGUGACAAGAAUUUGCGAAACAAUUCCUACUGGCAGUGGUUUUGGUGUUUUUAUGAAACCCGUGCUCCGGUAUGGCAUGACCAUCGACUCAAACGGCGCGCUCUUCUGUAUUGGCUUCGCAACUUCCGAAUGAACAGAGAGCGCGAGCACGAGAUUAUCGUCCAAAACCGUAAGUUGGCACAAGGAUGGGCGCUUCAGAUUUGGUCUCAAAAAUCAAAACGGAUUGCUUCUGCCCAGCAGGAAGCAGAAAUCUCACAGCGGCAUCGGGCUCUGCGAGUCACAUUUGACGAAUGGAAAAUCCAGUCGCGGUUGGCCCCCGCUGCUUCUCGUGUGUCUGAUAUGGUGAGCACGAGGAUUCUUCGUGGUGCCCUGUCACAUUGGGUGUUCAAGGCUCGGAUGGCGAAUCAGGCAGAAGAAAUAGACAGAUUCAGAGUCCAGCGCAAUGCAUGGACAUCUUGGAAUGACACGCUCCGCUCCUUGGCUCUUCGCGCGCGAAUUGACGAGCGGCUCAAAAUGGAGGCUAUGUACAAGUGGAUUCUGUUGGAGAGAUUCCAGCUGAUGCAAAGAAUACGCGAGCAGCGCAUCAAACGCGAGAUAUUCUCUCGGUUCGUGGCAAACACACGAGACACCUACACUCGACUGCUUUUUCACGCGGAGAUUCACGAAGAUCACCAUGCGGAGGACCUGAUGCGAUCCAAAUUUGCAAUCUGGCGGGAUCAACUGUUGCUUCAGCACGAAAGAGAGUAUGUCGCGUUUGAGUUCUAUGCUCCACGACUAGCCGAAGAGUCUCUUGCAGUUUGGCGAGCGAAGCACGCACAUGUGGUGAAGAUGGAGGGUUGGGCGAAAGACGCUCGAUUUUACUUUUUGAUGAACCGUUCGAUGAAACAAUGGCACCAGGCAACGCGAGACUCGGCCAAACGACGGCGGCAGGAGGCGUAUGCUAAGAUUCGGCGAAAGAUCAAAAUCAAUCUUGCUUCCAAGGCAAUGGAUGUUUGGAAAUCGCGAACUCGACUCGUCAUGAACAUGGACCAACAAGCGGGAGAAGUGGAUCGCGAGAAACUAUUUCAUCUUGGAUCCGACCUCUUUGCUCUUUGGCAUGAAAAGUCCGUCAAAAGAGUGCAGGAAUGUCGCGAUGCUGAUAUCUACUAUUUCCGCCAGGUCGCCUUCGACCAGCUGAUGCAAUUGUCCGAGACCUUCGUGAUCCAUCGAGAGUUGGAAGACCAGGCAGAUCACUUCUACCGUUCGCGUGCCCUCCGCCAUGCGGGUUCCUCUCUUCGCAAGCUCAGUCUGCGUGUGUUCCAAAUUAAGAGCACCGCUGAGACCGCCGAAGCAAUGAGAGAACGAAACCUGCGCAAACACUCCCGAGGCAUGUUCCGCCACUGGGUGGAAAAUACGCGGCUGAAGCUCGAGGCUCGAGACUCCCCUGGUCCCACCUUGACACCGGCCCAGUUCUCCAACUUUGGAGACAAUGACGGCGCUGGAUCGGCUCUGUUUGACCCCUGGUACCAGGACCCGGCGGAAACGCCCUUCAAGCUCAGCGAUUUCACAACCGCCUCCCAGGGGCCAGUCUCCGCGUCUGCAAGCCCUCUGGCCACUCCCAGCUACACGAACUCCCCGUCUAAACGAGCAGCGCGCGCACGAGCUCUCGCGCAAAUGUCCACGACACCUGCCACACCACUACGCACACCAUUCGCCAGCCGCCUGCUUCGCGUAAAUUCAGCAGCAGCGUACACAACAUCUUCGCGGCGACCACGCACUGGCCGGAGGAACUCGAUAGGAACCAGUGUUCGGUUCGUGGACGAAGAGCUCCCCGAAUCUCCCACCGAAGGGCGCAAAUCCGCCAACCGACGACCUUGA